CAUCGACAAAGAUCUGAACAUGGAUUCUUCAACACAGUAAAUUCACGUGUUGUUUCAAAAUUAGAAUUUGUUCAAUUAAUUGGAUAUGUCUCGAUAAAUAAACAUAAUUACAGUAUUUUUUCAAUUGUCUCGAUCAGUAUUGAUAUUAUUUGAAAGUAUCAUUUGUUUAAUUAUUGAAAUCAUCCUGUUAAAUACUCUUUAAUCUACUUUUUGAUAUUUUUGUAAACAAUGGAUUCAGACGAAGCCCCGAAAAAAAAAUUAAAAAUGCCAAGUUUAUUCGAUAAGCUCAUUGACAAAAGAAAGGAAACUGCUGAUUCAAUUCUUCAAUUUCCAUUCAAAAAGCAACGAGUUAGAGUUUUGUCUAAAGUUGAUGAGGUUCCUGUAAAUGCCAAAGGAAUUUUGUAUUGGAUGUUUAGAGAUGGUCGAGUUCAAGAUAAUUGGUCAUUUUUAUUUGCUCAAAAGCUUGCACUUAAAAAUAAGCUACCUCUCCAUGUCUGUUAUUGUAUUUUGCCCAAAUUUCUGGAUGCAACUCUGAGACACUACAAAUUUCUUGUUGAAUCACUAGAAGAAGUUGCAAGCGAUUGCAAAGAGUUAAACAUAAAUUUUCAUCUUUUACAUGGAGUUCCCAAUGUUGUUGUUUAUGAUCUUAUAAAGAAGCACAACAUGGGAGCUCUGGUAGUUGAUUUCUUUCCAUUGAGAGUUCCUAUGGGUUGGGUUGAUGAUUUGAAGAAUAAACUAGCGAGUUCAAAAAUUCCAAUUUGCCAGGUUGAUGCGCAUAAUCUUGUUCCUUGCUGGGUGACAUCAGAUAAAAUAGAAUACGGAGCACGAACGAUCAGAGGAAAAAUAAAGAUGAACUUGGAAGAAUAUUUAACUGAGUUUCCUCCCCUAAUAAAACAUCCAUAUGAUAGCGACUUCAAGAUUCCAACAAUUGAUUGGAGCAACGCGAUAAGGGAUGUUGAAAUCGAUCGCACAGUUGACAAAGUUGAUUGGUGUAAGCCAGGUUACCGUGGCGCACUUGCUGAGCUGGAAAACUUUUUGAAUAAACGUUUACCAAAAUAUCACACCAAAAGGAAUGAUCCUACUGAAGAUGCUCUGAGUAAUUUAUCUCCUUGGUUUCACUUUGGACAGAUAUCUGUCCAACGUGUUAUUCUUGAAGUCCAAGAACACAAAAAGAAAUUCAAAGAAUCAGUGGAAAAUUUUAUGGAAGAAGCUAUUAUUAGAAGGGAAUUAAGCGAUAAUUUUUGUUUUUAUAACAAAAAUUACGAUAAAUUAGAAGGAACUAAUGCUUGGGCUAUAGAAUCUCUAAACAAACAUAGGAACGAUAAGAGGGAUUAUAUUUAUACUCGUGAUGAAUUUGAGAAAUCACAAACUCAUGAUGAUUUAUGGAAUGCAGCGCAGAAUCAGUUAGUUAAAGAAGGUAAAAUACAUGGAUUUAUGAGAAUGUAUUGGGCAAAAAAAAUACUCGAGUGGACAAAAACACCAGAGGAAGCAUUGGAGUGGGCCAUUUAUCUCAAUGAUAAAUACAGUAUGGAUGGUCGUGAUCCCAAUGGUUACGUAGGAUGCAUGUGGUCUAUUUGUGGUGUUCACGAUCAGGGAUGGCAAGAGCGUAACGUAUUUGGAAAAAUUCGAUACAUGAAUUAUAAGGGGUGUGAAAGGAAGUUUGACGUCAAAGCAUUCGUGAGAAAGUAUGAUGGUAAAGUGAUUAAUAAGAAACAAAACACCCUUGAGGGGAUGUUUAAGAAAAAUAAAAAAUAAAAGUAAAACGAUAAUUAAUUAAAAUA